GUGCUCAUCACAAAACAGAAAUCGAAUAUUGAAUCUUGGAUUGACAAUCGAGAUAACCUCAUCGAAGACGUUCCUUAUGAUGGGCCGGAUGAUAUCGACAGGUAUCUAGGACAUGAAGAAUUUGAUGAUGAUUCUGGUUAUUAUUUGUGUGAUUAG